GAUUUUUUUAUCAUCCGAACCAAUGGGAAACUUUAUUUCUCCCGAUUGUAUCUUCUGAACGAAGAGAUUUAGAGGAAAAUCGCACGAGAAAGUUUUGUAGGAAAUUCAAUUUGAUACAGAAAAGGUUUUUAUGGGUCUUUUUGUUAGAACGAGUUGUUUUUGAGAUUUUUCUACUUGAAGAUAUUUGGAUUUUAUUCAAUGUAGUCCGAAAAUCCCCAAUAUUUCUUUUGGUCCUUUGGAUCUUCUAGGAUAAAGGUCCUAGCCAAAAAUGCCUGAAACAUUUUUUCCAGAGAAUUUAAUUCUUCAUAAAAACCAUCUCCUGGCAUUUUCCUCUAAAUCCCCUAGUUCUCCAGAUAUUUCCCCUCAAAGGAAAUUCCUCCCACCUCCCCAAAUUUUCAAACUUCCCAAAUAAUUAUAAACAAAUUUCCUUCCCAAAAAAAAGAAAUCCAAUAUCCUCCCCCCUCUUUCAAUUAAAAUAGCAUCUCAAAAGCAAUUCCGCCAAAAUUCCCCUCGAAUUCCCCUCCAUAUCCAAAAUUCCCUCUCUCUCCCUAGAAUUAAUAAACCUCAUUACCCACCCCCCCAGCCCUCCUCAUCGCCAUCAACAAAGAAAUCCUCAAGGUCCACCUCUCUCCUUGACAAUCCCCCCAUCGCCAAAUCCCAUUCACAAAAAAAAAGCCGAAAAACACGACGGCGAAGAGUCCCCAGUAGUGGGGCAAAAUGUGCGACUCCAAUGAAAUAUUUCCGGGGGAGGGGGGAGGCGCCUGGUUGUCGCGCAAACUCGUGUGUCUUCGGCUCUCUCCCAUAAUUCUCCCGAGGGCUAAAAGGGACACACGAAGAAAGAAAGAAGCGUCACCAGCGAAAAAUCGUUAAAACACGCGUUGUCGAGGUCCAAACAACAGACAAUUAGUUGGUUCAAGUGCAAAAGUGUGUGAAAAAAAUAAAAAAAAAAAAAAAUUGUUGAAGCAAAUCCUCUCCUGUGUCUGUGAUACCCAGUGAUCUCCCACGUGGUUGUGCAUAUCCCGGUGAUUCUCGAGAUUGCGGAUAAUCAGUGAUGUUUACAAGUGAAAGUGGAAAAAUCACGAAAAUCGAUUCACUGAGGGAGAUGGAGUGGACGAGGGAGAAGACGUUGGAGCUGCUGAGGGAGUACCAGGCGAGGACUGUCCUCUGGGAUUGGAAUGCACGUGGUUACAGAGACAGAACGAAGCGAAAACGCGCCAUUCAGGAAUUAGCUGAUCUCCUGGGGUGCAAUACACUCGAGGUGGAGAAAAAAGUGACGAAUCUUAAGUGUCAGUACUCCAGGGAGGUCCAUAAAAUACAGACGAGCAAGGAAAAUGCUAGGGGUCCGGAGGAUGUUUACGUUUCCAAGUGGUUUGCCUUCAAGGCCAUGCAGUUUCUGCAGUUCGGAAGCAGGCGGUACAGCUCCAGGAAGAAGAAGGUCGAAGACACGAUAAUGGGUAUGCCUCGUCCUGAGGACACUCCCCACAUAAAAACCGAGGAGGAGUACAUAGUCUCGGACAUAGAUCCCGAGAGUAUAAGACCGUAUUACGACUGUCCGGACGAUGAAAAUGUCUCAGCAACUGGUUCUUACAACGCCUCCCCCUUGGAAGACGAAGAGUCCUCGUCCUCCAGCCUAAAACAUCCCCUCGAGCCCUGGCACAACAGUUUUCAUGAUGAAAAUCUUCCCAAUGAUUCUCAGAAGGAGCCAAUAUCCAAGGAAAUAUCGUCCAAUGAUCGUAAAAGACUCAGAGACGAAUUUUCAAAAUUUGGCGAGAGGGUCGACCUCGAACUGGAGACUUCUAGAUCACCGGGAAGAUACUCAAUGAUCUUGGAGGGUUUCCACGACUGCAGGAAAUUGAUUCUUGAAUUGAUUUUGGGGUAUGAAAAGGGGGAACUUAAUGGGGAGGUAAUAAAAAGUCAUUUGGAUUAUCCGGAGCUCCCAGAGGUGCUCCAAGGUCAUGACUGUGAGGCCCUCGGGAAGGGGACGAUAUGCCUUAUGGAUAUGGAGGGACAGAGGGUCGAGGAAACAGCUGCGAACACUUUCUUCCUCGAUUUCGAUGAAGUCUUUUAUGAUAUUGAUGAUCAGGAAACUGAUUAUAAAUUUAAUAUCUAUGGGCACACCUAUUAUCCUGCGUAUUUGAGUGUCAGCCCUGAAGGGACUAAUAUCCCUCAAAUUAGUGAGAUGACCUUCAAAUACCCUCCGUCACCGAUUUUAUCGCAACCGGAAGCGGUUUCGGAGGACAUCCUCUGUGAUUUGGAGUAUAAAUCGAGAGAAUGCAGUGACAGACCUUUAUUCUGCGAAUGUCUGCAGAUUCUCGAUGUUCCGCCCAUGGAAAAUAUCGAUAUCGUCUUGAUUAAUAAAGGUAAAGGUGGCAACAGUAGUUUCGUCUUCCAUUUGCACGGCUACUCGGCAGCCAUUUUGUCGUCGAAAAAAUUCGACCGUCCGAUCGAAAAGUCUGAGAUAAUAUCCCUGGAGGGUUUGGGAAAAUUGCCCCGAAAUUUUGAAACUCCAGUGAAGAAGGACACAUUCGUAGUACCGAACAAGGGGUACGUUAUCGUUCGCCUACUUACCGACAGUCGGGGUUACUGGCUGUGGGAAUCUCGGGCGACUGGAGUCUCUCCGGGUACAAGAGGCCCCGGUAUGCAAUUCCUCAUGCGGGUAGGGACGAGGGAGAGCUUACCGACAGUUCCCCUGGACUUCCCCACCUGCGGUAACCACAAAGGACCAGAUUUAAUUUUCGAUAACGAGGAUUAAUACAUUUUAACAUAAAUUGUUUCAACUUUUGGAAUUAAUUAUUUAUUAAUGAGUUGUAACGUACAUUGCGAACUACAAGAUGAAAAUAAAUUAUUAUUUAUAAAUAGAAAGUA